AUGACAAAACAACGUAGCGAGUGCAGGCGCUUUGAAAUGAUUUAUUUUCCCCAUAAGGACAUAGCCGAAGAUUGUAUUAAUUGCGUCGGGCUGGUCUUUAGAUCCAGGGAUGCGUCCGUCCAACAGAAUUUUAGAAAAGACGUCGGCACCCAGAAGGAGGUCUAUAGGGCCCCUGCGGGAAAAUUGGUCAUCGGCCAAGUGCUGCCUGUAGAUAUUUACCAGACCGCAAAGGUUUCAAAAAUACUAUUGAUGAUGGAAAAAGGAACCCUUCCUGUCGAAUAUAAAGGCAAAUCGAUAAACGAAAUAGACAUUGAUAUUGACUAUCCCGAAGAAAAUGAACCUAAAGAAUCCUCGUCACCAAAUGCGCCCACACAAGACAAUGAAAUAUUGUUUGUGUGCAGAAAAGAAAAUAUUGAAGCCAAUAAAGAUAAUAAUAUUUUUGACCAACCAAUUCCUGAAAACAUUAAAAAGAACGAAGAUCAAGAAACUGCUGAUAUAGAUAAGCCAAAAGUCUCCAAAGUUGUAAAUAAACGAUUAUGGAGCGAGAAUAAAGUGAAUUGCAUCCAGAAGGAGUUUGCACAAUACCUCCAAACAAACACUUACCCACCGUCAGCUAAAAUAAGAGAAUUUAUUACAACCUUUAACUCUAAGAGAAGUGUAUCCGUCAUAAAAUCCAAAAUACAACAUUUGCUGAAGUUAAGAAAACAGUAA